AUGGAAAAGCUUUUGCUUUUGUAUAUAUUGUUAUUCUACUGGCAUUUCCUAAAUGCUUUAUUCACAGUUGAAGCUCCCCAGUCACUCUACAUUGUGGAACAUGGGAACAAUGUGACCAUGGAAUGUACAUUUCCAGUGAAUGGGAAAUUAAAGUUUAGAGAUUUAAGUGUCAGCUGGGAAAAGAAAGAUGAGUUAAAGAAGCAGGUUUAUGUACUUCUCAAAGGAGAGGAAGACUUCAGAAAUCAGCACAGUGACUUUAAGGGAAGAAUAAAAUUGUUGAAAGAGAAUCUGAAACUGGGACAGUCUCUCCUUCAGAUCACUGAUGUGAAGCUCAGAGAUGCAGGGUUUUACCAGUGCAUUAUUGGCUAUGGGGGAGCCGACUACAAGACAAUCAAUUUGAAAGUUAAGGCUCCCUAUAGGACUAUAACCCAAGGAGUGGAGAGCACAGGACACAACGAAUGGAAGCUGACAUGUCAGUCAGAAGGACACCCACAAGCUGAAGUGAUAUGGCAAAACAGAGAAUAUGAAGAUUUGACAGAUAAGGCAAACACGAGUUAUGAAACUGGAAGUGAUCAGCUGUAUCGUGUGACGAGCACCCUUACCAUCAAAAGUAGAAUUGAUGAGAUUUUUUACUGUAUAUUCUGGAAUAAAGAGCUGCAAGAAAAUACAUCUGCCAUUUUACACAUAACAGAUUCAGCUGAUGCUGCUCUGUGGACUGAAAGCAGACGGUUUGUUGGGGCAUUUCUCAUUGUGACCGCUUUCUUUGGAUCAGUACCUCUAUUUAUGCUCUGCAUAAGGAAAGCUAGAGUAAAUAAGGACCACAGAACACCUGUGGCUAAGUCAGCAACAGCAGAGCUGUCAAAAGAGGAGGAUACACAUGACUACAGAGAUGCUUCUUUUGAAGAAAAAGAGUUGAAAUAUAUGCAAAUUGAGAAGACCUAA